GGCUGGCAAAGGGCUUUGUCAGUUGGGCACAGGCUGGCAAGAGAGAUGGCACUGCUGAAUGCACGCAGUGUCUUGGUGACUGGGUCAAAUCGGGGCAUUGGCUUGGAGCUGGUCAGGCAGCUGGUGGAGAAAAGCAACCGGCCAGAAAGGAUCUUUGCCACCUGCAGGGACCCAGAUGGACCACGUGCCCAGGACUUGAAGAAUUUGGCUGCAAAGCAUCAGGGAGUGGAGAUCAUCCCACUGGAUACUUCUAAGCCAUCUAGUGUCAAGUCUGCUGCAGCCAGAGUCACUGAAGAGCUGAAGAAAGCUGGGCUGAAUCUUCUGAUAAAUAAUGCUGGGAUUCUAAAGAAAAGUACUUUGGAAUCUGAGAUACCGGAAGACAUGUCCAAGGUGUACACAACCAAUGUGAUUGGUCCCAUGAUGGUGAGCCAGGCAUUCCUGCCCUUGCUGAGGAAGGCAUCCCAGGAAAGUCCUCAGAAAGGGAUGAGCUGCAGCAAAGCUGCCAUUGUCAACGUAUCCAGUGAAGGUGGAUCCAUCACAAAUAUCUUAAUGUGGCAUGUGGCACAGGAGGUCUCUUACCGGUGCAGCAAGGCUGCUCUAAAUAUGCUCACCAAGUGCCAGUCCCUGGGAUUUGCCAAAGAUGAGAUCCUGUGCAUUGCAUUGCAUCCUGGGUGGGUGCAGACAGACAUGGGAAAUAUAGUGGGACAGGCCCCACUGGCACUGGAUGUGAGUGUGCGAGAGAUCCUGAACACCCUUUUCCGUCUCUCAGAGAAAGACAGUGGUACCUUUGUGAACUGGGAAGGGAAGGCCCUUCCUUGGUGAGCCCAUGAUAUUUUUGCCAUCUGAGCUGGAGCAGCAAAAGGUGCCCCCUCUCAGGGUGCACAAUCCCUGAGGCUGGUCUAGUGAUCUUGGCACCAGAGGCAAAAAAGCCCAUAUGUGCCUCUCUCUCUCUCUCUCUCUUUUUCUGGCAGGAAAAAUGCAAUAAUCAUAAAUCACACAAUUGCAGAAGACAACUACUUUGAUACAUCCAGGGUUGGGCCAAGGCCUUUUUUGCUGCAUGGGAAGGACCCCCAUUCUGAUAGUUUAGAUAGUGAAAAAUGCGGGGGGAAAUAAUUUCUUUCAUGUCUAGCUCUGACACACCUGAGGGCAACAGACUAGCUUAGGGGGUGCAGGCAGGGAAGUUUAGGGGACCAGGGCAAAUGGCAAGAGGGCUGCCAUCACCACCCCACCUCAAGAGUCUGCCACCGUAGGUGACUGCCUCACUCUUUCUAGUGGUGGGGCCGGCCUAGAAUGUAUCUCGUUAACUUUGCUCAGCAGCCUUUUAUUUUUUAUUGGAGGUAUUGUGAUGCUGUCUUUUAGGGGCAGGCCUUCACAAAGCACAAGACAUGCUAGAAACACAGAAAAUAAAAGCAAAACAUAUAAUAAAAAUCAGAAUGACGGCCUGACAACGGUGGGAGUCAGAAGGAACAAAACAGCAACAAACACAGCAAUCAUAAUUACAUUUCUAUCCCAUCUUUUCUCCAAGGAGCUCAAGGUGGUGUGCAAACAAAGCUAGUGAUUGGCCCAAAGUCAACCAGUGAGCUUCAUGGCUGAGCAGGGAAUUGAACCUUGGUCUCCCAGGUCCCAGUCCAGCACUCUAACCACCACACCAGCCUUUCCUAACAUUUGGGUUCCCAGAUGUUGCUCGACUACAACUGUCAUCAGCCCUAGCCAGCAUGACCAAUGGUCAGGAAUUAUUGGAACUGUAGUCCAGCAACAUCUGGGGAUCCCAAAGCUGGGAAAUGCUGCAGUACACCACACUGGCUCUCAUCUAACUAACUAAAUAAUAGUCAGCCCAGUAUAAUAUCAUUAAACAGAUAAAUUCAUUCUGUACCAGAACUAGUGGCAGAAGCAGAAUAUCAAGAACACAAUACCUUCCUUAUUAAAAACCAAUUAUUUUGGCAAGCAUAAUUAAAAAAAAAUAAUCACAGUUGUAACACAGCAGCAACUUUCUUGGCUGUCCAGUCUAAAUUCUGUGGCACUGCUCAGAUUGAGUCAUGAAUAUGAAACUGUCUCUUCUAAUCUCACCGUUUUGCCCCCCAAAAGGGUUCUUUCCCCGCUCCAUAUGUGAUUUCAGCAAUGUCUUUAGCCACUGAGUAAUUCAUUCUGGCCUUCAGAGUUUGUGUAAGCAAAUAACUUUUUUAAUCCUUUUGCUUUUAAACUUGUGUUCUAAUGAAAACAAUAAUAAUAAAAAGGGAGAAAUAUUACAUUUCUUGUGAAUGAUGGUAAGGAAAAUAAAACU